AUGACCAGGCUCCGAGGAGCUUCCCUCGAUUCCCCUAACGCCCAGCCUGGCGGCGGCGACCGACAGUACUGUCGAUCCAAAGUGCCCCCAAACGCGCCGGAGGUCAUAAUCCAGAACACCAUCGAAGUUUCAAACUCAUCACAGGUUCUUCCAUGGUAUCGGGAUGAGCGUAGGCGGCGGUUCAACGUCUUAGUUCGAAGAUAUAAGAAUCAGCUCCUUCACGGCUGCGAUGACCCGGGCUGUCCGACUCCGACAUGUGCCAGCCGUCGCCGCCGGCUCAGCGAGGGACCGUAUCGUCGAUACACCGAGCUUAGCGCCCGAACCCUUGCUUGUUACCUCGCCAGUUUGGAUGACGCAGAGAGCGGCCUGUGCUGCAAUAACCCCAAAGACUCUUCCAACUUAAUGGCUCAGGACUACCACCGUAUCCCCUCACAACGGCCACAUACUUCCCAAGCACAAGUGACAGUCGCUGCAACCGCAUCGGAGGGCCAAAGCAGUUAUCUUCGCCGCCAAGAUCGCCAAAGUGGCAAUGCAUUUCGGAAUAGGAUGAACCAAUCACGGAUAUCAGGUCCUUCAAAGGGAAUUGAUGCGAUGGGUUCCCCGACUCCGAAUGGUCACCCCAGCGCUUAUUACUUUCAGGACCUCGACUACGCUGCGGAACAGCCAUUAAAGGACCCAAAGUCAUUCACACAAAACCUCUUCGAUACCCUCUCCCUCCGAAUGGUUGAAUGGCUUCCGCUACGUCGCACUGCAGACUUUUUUCCACUCAAUUUCAAGCAAGAAUCGUCGCAGCCGAGAAACGAAGGGCCCCGUCCGGAGCAAGGACAUGCAUCACAGGAUAAAGAAUCAGGGAAAUCGAAGCCACAUGUGGAGACAACAGCUUCGACACAUUCGCAGAAUUCCCAUCCACGUACCCCUUCAUCCCGAUCUUCAGGAAACGCAACUUCGGCAGUCGAGCUCAAGAUUCAAAAUCAGCAUGUCAAGCGAGUUUCAUUGACAGAGGUUGAUCAAUGGCGGCAAUCCCCUCGGUCAAGUUUGGAUGAUAAAAAGCGGCCUGAAUACAAGACGCGCAAAGUCUCCGUUAACUCACAUCUUGGUACAAACGAUUUCGCGAGCAUGCCAUCCCCGCCAGCACUGAAGCAUCGACCACAGAAACACCGGGGUAGAAUUGGCGAAUUUGAGAAUGCUCGACCAAAAGAACGUUCCAAGAAUGAACGCCGCGUGUCUUGGGAUAGUCAAAAAGUUAUCAACCAGCCAUCUUUGGGACAAGGCCCCGCGAAUCUAAAUUUUCUACCCCCACAAAGUGACAUUGAAAUCGAAACCCCAAGCAACCGCAAAGCUAAAGCUGGUGCUCGUCAUCAUUCACCAGACACCAUCCCAAUGGCCCAGACAGUAACUCAUUUCACGUCGGACAUCAUAGAUGGGCUGGGUCAAAUCAUGAUGGAAUCUGCAGAGGAGGAAGAAACCUGGAAGGACGAGUUGGAGCGCAUUCAAUCGACAGGAAGUUUUGAUAAUCCUGAGUGGCGGUUUGCUACGCCACGUCAACGCCAGGUAUUCCCAUUUAUCUCACAAAGUGUAUACUUUGUGUUUAGUAACACAACACAUAUUCUACGCUCCUUCGGAGUGGAUUCGGUGGCCCUUUCUGCGCUUACACGUGAAGGGAUUGACAAUCGCCUUAAUGUGCCGCACCUUCAAGGCUCGUUGAGACGUCUCUUUACUGUUUGUCCUUGGGAUAUCGCCUUGCACAGCCUCUGGAGUGCACUGGACAAGCUAUUUGUGCCCCCGCAGGAUUUUUCAUCUUCUGCCCGACACUCCCGUCGUUCUUCUCGCAGCUCGACCAUGACUGGCCCUACUACAGCCCCGGCGGCAGUUCGGCGUAUCUCCGAGGGUGCAAAUGAUGAACAUUUAUCCGACGUGGAUGCUGCAUAUGUUGCUACGGUUGCGCUAUUCGCUUUAGUCAGCUCGAUUCCGGAUAUCGAUGUCCGAACAUGGCGUCAAAUCCUUCAAAUGCGGGCUGCGGGUGGCGUUGCGUCAUCCACUGUUAUGCGCAAGUUCUCUUCGGAUGAAGCUCAACAGGCCGUUGAAGCCACUGACAAACUUGAACAUGAACUUGGUCUUCGCUUGGUCAAUCGGCUUGUCCGCGCUCUGAGCGCCCGCCUUGCAUAUCAUGAAAUAUCCAAGGCACGCCAGGUCUACACGUUAGAUCUUCCGAAACAGCACAAGAUUAGUGUUCUGGAUCGCAUAGUAGACCACCUCAGCGAGCAUCACAUUAUCCAACAGUCUGCAGAUGAUGGCCCAUCGCACCAGCCGACUGGCCCCGCACCUGUAAUUGUGGAAUGGUUACGAACGCUUUUGCUGCGUGAGUGGGAUGGCAACCCUGAGAUGGCCCGCAGUAGUGCCGCAGGAGGUGCAGUGCAAUUAUUGGCUAUGAUGUACAAAGAGCGAAAUAGGCUGGGCCUAUUCCCAGAAGACUUCCAUACACCCCUUCUCGCAGAGCGGCUGGACCCUCUGGAGAUGCCUGUGGCAUGGGUGGGUAGCCUGCCAAACAACCGCACGAUCCACCUCAUGUCCUAUUCCUUCCUUUUCCCACCAUCCUUCCUCGUCAUUUAUUUCCGAGCACUGAACUACUCCGCUAUGUCCAAAUACUACGAAGCUGCCAUGACCACCACCAGACAUGUUACCCAGACUGCAUACAGUAAUGCAAUCACCAUUCGUGAUGAGUCGCUAUUGCAACGGAUGAAGGUUUCUAUGUCGACCUAUUUCGUGCUGAAUGUUCGACGAGACAGAGUUCUUACCGAUGCUCUGAAUCAGCUCUGGCGACGAGAAAAACGAGAGCUGAUGCGACCACUUAAAGUUCAGAUGGGCAUGGAUGAAGGCGAAGAAGGUCUCGACCAUGGUGGUGUUCAACAAGAAUUCUUCCGAGUUUUGAUGGCAGAAGCCCUGAAUACAUCAUAUGGCAUGUUUACCAUGGAUAGCCGACAUCGAAUUUCCUGGUUCCGGCCGUGCUCUUUAGAGCCUCUUUACAAAUUCGAGCUUCUCGGUCUUUUGAUGUCUAUCGCGGUGUACAAUGGCUUAACAUUACCUGUCAAUUUUCCGGUUGCAUUUUACCGCAAGCUUCUAGGACUGAAGGUGAAGCACUUGGAUCAUAUUCGGGACGGGUGGCCCGAGCUCAGUCAAGGUCUUGAGAUGCUUCUGUCAUGGUCUGACGGUGACGUUGGGGAUAUUUUCAUGCGUACAUACGAGUUCAGUUUUGAAACAUUCGAUGGCAUUGAAAGCAUUGACAUGCAGAAAGUUGACAGAGAUGCGGUUUGGCCAGCUCCGAACAAAGCUCCUGCAGCAGGUCCUGUUGGAGAUUCUACAACAUCCGAUGUCUCUGUUUCUUUUGACCCGCCAAGUAGAAGUGCAUCUGAGUCUCUCACAGCGGAGGGAGACAACCUCCCUGCUCCGUCCGUGUCAGAAUCCUCACCGCUAUCAUCCACCGCGCCUCCAUCUGACGAAGCUCCCAUGGUGACCAACCAGAAUCGGCAACAAUUUGUGAGCGAUUACAUCUUCUGGUUAACCAACAAGUCUAUUCGACCUCAGUUCGACGCUUUCGUUCGAGGCUUUUACACCUGCCUUGAUCGAUCUGCUCUUUCGAUCUUCACCCCUGAAGCACUCAAGGCUGUGGUAGAAGGUCUUCAAACGAUUGACAUGAAGGAAUUGGAGACCCAUGCCCGAUAUGAAGGUGGUUUCGGACCGGAACAUCGUAUCAUUCGAGACUUCUGGAGUGUAACUCAAGCUUACUCGGAAGAGAAAAAAGCGCGCCUUCUGGAAUUUGUCACUGCUAGUGAUCGAGUUCCCGUCAAUGGUAUCUCAAGCAUCAUGUUUGUGAUCCAGAAGAACGGCGUUGGAGAUGAGCGUCUCCCGACAAGUCUCACAUGUUUCGGUCGACUCUUACUGCCCGAGUAUACUUCUAAGGAGACUCUGGCAGAGAAGCUCGACAAAGCUCUUGAAAAUGCACAAGGAUUCGGCGUUGCAUAG